AUGGCGUCAAAAUGGCGCCUUGCGUCGUUCUUGUCUCUCGCCGUGUGGUGCGCGCUUCUUCAACCGCGCGGAGCAGCCUCUGAUGCCUUGCUGGACGGAUGGGAACCCCUCGGCUCUGAACCCAAGGACCAGCCCACUCUAGCUCUAUAUCGCGCGUGGGAGAGCGCCUAUGGCCUGCAGCGGGGCUCCCUCCUUCCGCCAUCGCCCCUCCCCCUUCCGCCCGACCUCCCCCCUCCCCCUCAUCUCGCUGACUGCGCCGCCCGUACUCUUGCGCGGGAGGCGGCGGAAGGGGGACCGUGGCGAGGCACAGGGGGAGGAGGGGGGGAUGGGAUCCGCUGGGAGGACACGUGGCAGCAGCAGACUGGUGGUAAAGAGGAAAGCUUAUCCGAAUGCUGUGAUCGGUUGCCUCCCCGCACUCCAUGGGUAUGCCGGGAGACACCCUUCAACUUCCCCCACCCACUCUUCCCCUCCUCCCCGCUCCUCUAUUCCCCCUCCCUCGCCUUCCCCCUCCCUGGGCUUCCCCCUCCCCUCGCCUUCCCCCUCCCUGGGCUUCCCCCUCCCCUCGCCUUUCUCUCCCUCCUCUCUCCCCUUUCCCCUUCCUCCCUGCCCCCUCCCAUCCUCGCCCCCUCCCCUUUCCCCGCCUCCCUCCACUGCCAUUCCUCAGCGCACAAGCGCUUCAACUCCCACCCCCCUUCCCCCCGAUCCCUGUCCCCCGACUCCCCUUCUCCCCACUCCCCUUCCCAGGUGCAAGGCACGGAUGCAGCCAAUCUCGCGCUGACACGUGUCGCACAGCGGGACAUCUGGGCUCACCAGAUGCUGGCGUCAGCAGCAGCAGGGGGAGAAGGACGCGGAGGCGGAGGAGGAGGAGGGGGAGAAACGUGUGAGGGGAGGCGGUUGCUGGUGGUUCCGUGGAUGCCCACCGACCGCCACGUCAGCGCCAACCCGUUCCACGUCAUUGCGAGUCAGAUCCACGUCAUGGCGGAUUUCUUGGGCCUGGCGAUGCAGCACAACCGCACGCUGGUUGCCCUGCCUGGCAGCUACGGUCCUGCUCUCAACAGUGAUUGCAGAGGUGGUGUGAUUGUAUUGGGGGGGGAGGGUGAGGGGAUUGAGUGGGAGAAGGGUGCCUGA